AACUCGCUUUGUUAACCCGGUUCUGAGGACGGGUCGUGCUCGACAUGAUCUACGUGAUAUUGAUCUCCGCGUUCUGCGGCGCCGUCGUCACGUUGCUGCUCCAGUUCCUGCUGAUCUACCGGAGGAGCCCGGAGCCCGCGGGCAGGACGCAGCAGUACGUCAAAGUAGAGCCCGAGGACGCGUUGAGGGACUACUUUACCUCCAAACACGACCCGGACAGCUCGGCAUCGAACCCUAGCGCCCCCAAACCGCAGGAGGCCUCGUCCGGCAGCAGCAGCGAGCCCACCGAGCCGGACAAACCAGAAACAUGUAAUUUCCUCAACGCCAUCUUUCUGUUCCUGUUCAGGGAGCUGCGGGACACCCCCGCCGUGCGGCACUGGCUCACCAAGAAGAUCAAGGUGGAGUUCGAGGAGCUGCUGCAGACCAAGACUGCAGGCCGGCUGCUGGAGGGGCUGUCUCUGCGGGACGUCUCUCUGGGGAAGUCUCUGCCCGUCUUCCACACGGCCACACUCAUGAAGCCGGCGCUGCUGAACCAGGACGGCAUGCCCGAGGAGCUCAACUUCGAGGUGGACAUGGAGUACAAUGGCGGCUUCCACCUGGCCAUCGACGUGGAGCUGGUCUUUGGGAAGUCUGCCUACCUGUUCGUGAAGAUGAGGCGCGUGGUGGGGAGGCUGAGGCUGCAGUUCACGCGCACGCCCUUCUCGCACUGGUCCUUCUCCUUCCUCCACGACCCGCUGGUGGACUUCGAGGUCAAGUCCCAGUUCGAGGGGAGGCCUCUGCCCCAGCUCACCUCCAUCAUAGUGAACCAGCUGAAACGGGUCAUCAAGAAGAAGCACACCUUACCCAACUACAAGAUCAGAUACAAACCCUUCUUCCCGUUCCAAGUGCAGCCUCUGCUGGGUUCGGCUUGUGAUUUGGACCUGUCCAUCCAGGAACGCAGGCUGGUGGAAGGCCGACUCAAAGUCACCCUCAUUGAAUGUAGCAGACUGUUCAUCCUGGGCUCCUAUGACAGAGAAACCUAUGUACACUGCACCCUGGAGCUGAGCAGCCACCAGUGGAAGGAGAAGACUCGCAGCUCCAUCAAACGGACGGAGGUUAUCAAGGGGCCGUGUGGCAGUGUCGGGAUGACUUUCAGGCAUGUUCCUGCCAGCGAGGGGGACGCUGUGCACGUCAGCAUAGAGACAGUGACGCCCAACUCUCCUGCUGCCCUGGCAGACCUGCAGAGGGGGGAUCGUCUCAUCGCCAUAGGAGGUGUCAAAGUAACAUCCUCAGUUCAAGUGCCCAAACUGCUGAAGCAGGCUGGAGACAGGGUGUUGGUACUUUAUGAGAGACCUGUUCGUCACCAGACUCCCUCCUCUUAUGGAAGCCUCGGGACUCUUCAGGAGGGGUUUGGGCAGCUGGAGGAAACUGGUUUUAUUUCGCAGCCAGGGGGCUUUGAGGAAGACCCAGCUCCGAUCACCACCCUUUCUGACAUAUCUGACAGCAAAGACAUGGACUCUGAGUUUGAAGAAUUGAUUGUAGACUCCAAACCUAGCCAGACUGGUGGCCCUAACAGCAGCACAACAAAUACCAGUGAUGCUAAGGAGGAUUCCUUACUUUCCGUAAACCAAAGCCCCAAAAGGACUGUGGCCAAUCUGGCCUCUAAGCCCCUUGGUACCAUUUCACCCAUCCUUAACCGCAAGUUAAACCUGGUGGGUCUCCAGUCACCACUAAAGCCCCAGCCCAAAGAAUCGCCAAAGCCCUCGCCACAUAAAACCAGUAGUGAUCCAAUGGAGGGUCUGCAACGCCCCACUGUCCCUCCCCCACCUCCUCCUUCUCGGCCCCCAGUGCCGCCACGACCUCAGAUAAGGUUGACACCAGCCUCCUCAGAAACCAGUCUUUUGGAAAGUAUUGAUUCUGUUACAACUACUAAUGUCACUGUUGUUCCUACCAUGACCACCACCAUCAGCACUACUGAAAAAUCCCCAGAAAAAGCUCCUCUCACUGGAGCCAAUGAAGAUAAGAUCAGCACUGAAAAGAUAUGUGUCAAACAGGCUGAAGCAAAGCAGUCUACUAAGCCCGCAGAGUCCAGUGAUGAGCUGCCAGUCCCUUCCACUGUGACCAGCAGCAGCAAAGCUGAUCAAGCAAAGGAAAAAGCUUCAGAGAGCUCCUGCAGCACACGGGACAGUCUAGAGGACCAUUCCCUCUGGGAAUCCCCAGAAACCAUGUUUCGUAACCAGACAGCACGAUGGCCCAAGGCCUCUGUCCUGUUUGAGGUGGAAAGCAACCAUAAGUACCUUAAUGUAGCCCUGUGGUGCAAAGAUCCCUUUAAGCUGGGCAGUUUGUUGUGCCUGGGUCAUGUCAGUCUCCAGCUGGAGCAUAUAGCCCUGGAAUGCAUGGCCACAUCUUCGUCUGAGUACCAGAGCAUCUUUAGGUUGGGGUCUCCAGAGCCCAGAGCUAAUGUCAGUCGCACUGCACUACGCAGCCUCAGCAGCCACAAGGGCUUCAAUGAGAAGCUGUGUUAUGGAGAUGUUACUCUGAACUUCUGUUACGUAGCUGAGGGUGACUAUGAGUGUCCGGGUGGGCUGGCAGAAAGGGAGCGAGAGGAGAGUCUCCAUGAUGAGGAUCUAAGGGAGAGGGAGCAUAUCCCCACGGCACAGCGUGAUGACUUGGCCUACAGCACCAUGCAGUUGGUGGAGCUUCGUCACAACUUUCAGGACACCCAGUUCCAGAACCCCACGUGGUGUGAAUACUGCAAGAAGAAGGUUUGGACCAAGGCAGCCUCUCAGUGUAUGAUCUGCACCUACGUUUGCCACAAGAAAUGCCAGGACAAGUGCCUCGCUGAAAAUCCCUUCUGUGUGGCAGCAACUGAACGUCGCGGAGCUGACCCUGAAGCCAAGUCCACCAUUAACCGGGCGACCACUGGCCUCACGCGUCAUAUUAUCAACACCAGCUCCCGGCUGCUUAACCUACGCCAGGUGCCCAAGACUCGUCUGGUUGAGCAGGUGGCUGAUGUGAUGCCUGGAGCGGUGGAGCCCUCACCCAAGCAUACACCCAACACUUCAGACAAUGAGAGCAGCGAUACUGAGACCUACACAAGCGGCCCCAGCCCCUCAAAGCAGCCUGUUGGCAGUGGCGGCAGUAGUAAACUUGUACGCAAGGAAGGUGGGUUAGAUGACAGUGUGUUCAUUGCAGUGAAGGAGAUAGGCCGGGACCUGUACCGGGGGCUGCCCACAGAUGAGCGCUCUCAGAAGCUGGAGUUGAUGCUGGACAAGCUGCAGCAGGAAAUUGACCAAGAGCUGGAGCACAAUAACGCCCUGCUGCUGGAGGAGAGGGAGGCCAUAGAUGCGCGGCGCAAGGCCCUAAUUAGUACAGCCCUGGCCAAGUCUGGGGAGAGACUCCAGGCCCUUACCCUGCUAAUGAUCCACUACCGAGCUGGCAUUGAGGACCUGGAGUCAGUGGAGAGCAACUCUCCUUCAGAGCAGCAAGGCUUUAAAGGCAAAGGAGAAGGCCUGGAGGAAGAGGCCCUGGUGGGGACAGAGGUCUAUGACAGUGACAUAUGCAGCCCUGUGGAGGUGCAACUGCUGGAUGACAUUACGGAGGAGCAGAUCUGUGUGGAGGCACUCCACUAAAUAAGACUAGAGAGGAGAGAGAACGUGAAGAGGAACGUGUGCUUUGGGCUUGUGCCUCCAAAUGAAAUAAUGUCCAGUUUGUUGAUGGAGAUUAGGAAAUUUCAGCAGUCCAUUUGAAAUAUUGGGUAUGUUGGGGUCCGGUGUUUGAUUCACAUGUUCUUUUAUUUUCACGUGAAAAUGACCGGCUGGGUUAAGGAAUUCCUUCCCUAAGGAUUCCUGUUAUUGAUGUUUGGAUUUGCACAAAAUUAUGCUGUUUCCAUGCUCUUGGUUUUUAAGGGAAGCUUGAGAGCUACACUAUUAUCUGCCCUCAGUAGUGCUGCAUGUGUAUCCUCCAGUUUUGUUUUACUGCGGCUUCAAAAUGUCAUUGUAAGUAAUGAAUUCACUUUGCUUUCUUGUCUAUAACUGCUUUGACAUAAGGACUUGAGAAAAUGUACACAUUUCUGUGGUCUAUUCGUCUAAAUCAUCUUAACUUUGUUUCUUGUGAGUAACAAGCCCAUAUGAAGGUGAAAUAUUUGAGUCAAUAACAGUGUGAAUACUACCAGGUAGAAGCCAGGUUAGACAUCCACCUAAGUGGAACAUGUCAUUAUGUGUUACAAAGCAAGCUGUCAUACAUAUCUUUUGUUUUGAGCGUUUUUUUAUACAGUAAUAUAUUUGGGCCUUAGAAGUCAUUGUCCCUGCUCACUAACUUCUUUGGGAUUUCAGCAGCUGGAUAAGCAUUAGUGGAAUCUUGUAUAAAGUUUGCCUCUUUCUUUUUAUGUUUUUCUUUGUAUGUUUUAUCAUGUUACACACAUUUUUCUUUUCCCUAGGAGGGGUUAAGCAGGUAAUUGUCCUGUGUUAUAAUUAAUCCAUUCUUUUUUUGUUGUCCUACUAAGUCAAGUUUUUGUUCAGAACACCCCAUCAACUUUUAAAACUCAAUUAUGGCACAUUUAUAACGGAUCAAAACUUUCAUUGGGGCAAUGUGAGAAAUACAUAUUUUAUACAUGAUUUACUUUUUUUGUUUAUUCUCUGAAUGAAUGUUAGCCAGGAGCUCUCAAGAAGUGAAAAUUCUCCCAGCAUUUAUUUAAUUGGUUUAGUGUGUGUGUUUUUCUAUGUAAAUGAUUUCCAUGCUUCAAGAAGCUAUGAUGUGAUUUAGUGCAGAUAAUUUGCCUUCAUGAGUUGUUUUCAUGCCCAGAUGAAUGUAUGUUCAGCCCUUUCUGUGUUUUGUGUUUAUACAGUUGUUGGGCACUGCCUUCCCCCAUUCCCUUGCUAAACAUCACGCAUCAAUGUAGUCUGUUUCUAUCAUGACCAGCUCCAAAAUGCCAUGUUGUCCAUUUAUGUUUUACACCCUCAGAGAGAGAUUGGUAAGAAUUGUUUGUGAGGAGGGAAUAUCUUACUCUUACAUAUCUUAGGAAAAAUCUACCCUGGAACACUGUCCAUUUUUUUUUUUAUUGUGAUGGCUAUUUUGCCAAUCAGUGUCACAUGACAUAUUUCCAGCACAUAUACUAAUAAGCUUGUUAGUGGUUACAUGUCAAGACAGAGUUUUUUGGCUUUCUAGAACUCUCAACAGCAGUUAGCAGGUUUUGGUAUCAGUCGGAAUUGUGACAUUCAACAACAUAUGGGGAGGACUUAAAACCAAGUAAAAGACCAACGUUACCUUGAAAAUAAGGGUAACAAAAAAAAAGGUUAGAUGAUGAAACGUCCCAAGUUGAUGCAAUAAAUUGAAAUAGUAGCAAUCAUUUGGUCCUGUAGAUUGCGAGGUAAAGAGUAGAAAUAUCGCACCAGGCCAAGCGAGAGAUCUCGUUUAACGCAUACUGCAUGCCGUUUUUUUAAUUAAUUUUUUUAUGCCAGUAUUAUCUUGAUUCCUCUCAGCCCGAUAGAUGAUGGUGUUUGUUUGUCUGGUACCAUUAUGGGGGGUUGGGAAAGGAUUGUAUUAGGGCUAGGACCACGGUUUUCUUAAGACAUCAGAGGGUAGAAUUUUCCUUAAAUGUAACGAGACUCCAAAUGGGCUUGUCCAAGCUAACGCAACAAGGGAAGUAAUCAGUCGGACUCAGAGGAAGCAAAAGCACAUUUCCUGUUCUUUUCUGUUUUAGAUAUAUAUAUGUUGCUCUUUUGGAUAUUGGCUUGCUGGCUGCUAUACUUGUCAGUCUCUCUCUGUCCUUGUAUAUCCAGAUUUUUGUGCAAUAUUUUUGUAGGAAAUUAAGCUGAUAAUCAGGAAUGAAUCCCUGUGCCUGUGGUUUGUCUUCCUUUUCCUUUAAACCCGAGUAGUGUGUGUCCAUCUGUCUAGUAGUGUAACCUGAGGGGGACCAAUGAGAACUCCUUUGGCCUGAGAGGCGCUUCUUUUGCUGCUGCAUCUAUUACAAUGUGCUCUUCCACAGAUCUCAUAAUCAAAUGCUACUGCCCCCCCCCCAUCCCUAACCUUUGAAACUGCACUUACAAUAGGAUAGCCCAUCACGGCUUUCAGCAGGUCGAGAUGGUGUUUGUAUCUCAUUGUGUAUGUGAGGGAUGUGGUACACAGUUUUCAAAAGGCUCAUGUGAUGAAGCUGUAUUGUACAUAACCUAAAUAAACA